AUGACGAGAGCGUUCCUACACUGUUUGGAAGCGACACGGAAUGCCGGCCCUGUGGAGAUUGUGCCUCACGACUUGGCCGCUUUCAACAACUACCUCGAGUGGUUCCAUGAAAACACGCGUAUCGAGUUAGUGAAGCACGUGUAUGCUGAGGACAUCUUGGACGACCCCAUCGAGUUCGAUGAGGUUGCGCAAAGCCAGCACGACACCUUUGCUCGCAGAGGGAGAUUGACUUCUAUUGCUUCCGAGCUGAACUUCGUGCGGACGGAGAUCCAAAAAACAGCUCACGAGUGCGAGAUUAUGUGGGAGCAGAGCGGGAGAGAUGAAAAGCCUGUCGGACCGUUGCGGCAUUUCAUUAAGGUAUGAUCACCAACUUUGAAUGUACGCUAUUAUGUUCUGGUGGCUUUGUAACCAUGAGUUCCAUGACGCAGAACACUGCACGAAAGAUGCAGCGGUUAGCCAACUUGCUAGGUUGCCGCGAAGGCGAAAUUCCUACAUCCUCCUCUUCUGAAGAGCGGGAGGUAUGGACUAUUUUGUUGCUGUCAAACAUGUUCUUACUAAUUUCAACUUUUGUAAUCUCAUGUGUUCAUGUUUGUGAAGAUUCCUGACGACGAGGAAAUUCUGAGUCAAAGCAUACCU